AUGCGCGGGCCGCUGCCGCCUCAAUCGGUGUUGUGCGCCUCUUUUUUCGUUGUCGUUGCAGCCAUGCUUCUGCUCCAUGGGACACCGGUGCGCGGAUACGAUGAGGAUGCGGUAACUGCACUUCCCUCUGCCUCCACCGCUUUCACCGAGCUUCCCUUUACUCUUCCCACAGCCGCAUCGCUGCUGGACGUGCUGGCGGGCGGCCUUUGCACCACUACCGGAGAGGGUGAGGAGAGCAGUUGUACGUCCUCUGUGUCGCGGCUUUCUGCGCACCCCGUGCUCAUCCUCUUCACAGAGAGCAGUGCUGUCCAUUCUUCCACUCUUGCUGCUCUACGCGCAAAGGUGCGACAGAUGGCAACGGACGUACCGUCAUCAGUGCUGCGAGUGCACGAGUACGUGAUACCGAUGAGUGCCACUGAGCGGCGCCUUAUCGAGCUGUUGCUCAUAGGUGCCAGCCGCAUACCUACACUGGCACUCUUCCACGGCAGAGUUGCAAAGGUGCAGGUGGCGCCCGGCUCCAUCAUCUCGGCGAGCCCCUUCCAGGUACCAGUGCUGUACUCGGCGACUCCGCUGGCGAGCGCCAGCUACUUCGAGCUGCGCUCGUGGGCGCUGAGUGAGCUGCCGGCCCGCUACGUCGACCCCGUUACCUUUCACCUAAUACCAAGUCUUCAGUUCGUCUUCAGCCCUGCCGAGGUGCACGACACGCUCCAACUUGUCCGCGACGCUGUCGAGGCAAGCGAGUCCCGCUCUGUCCUCCCGGCAUUCGUGUUGAUGAUCUAUACGCGACUUACGAGACACGGUUCUGAGGAGGUGCUCGCCGCUCUUUCCUCUAUCGCCGCACAAGCUGGCAAUGCGGUGCUUACGCUGGUGACGGAGUCGGCGGAGGUGGCUGCGGCAUGGGGUCUACGCGCCGAGCACACCCUCACGAUGGCCCCGUGGCCCAGCACUGUUGCGGCAUACUUGAACGGCUCUGCAUCUGCUGGAUUUGUGGCCGCUGUCUCAGAUCUAUCUCCGCCGCAGUCCAUCGCCACCGUGACGGAGCUGGCGGAGGCGACUGCUGACUCGGCAGCAUGGCGCGCUGUCUGUGCCGCCUCGGUCCGUGCCGAAAUGGCGCAGCUGCAGAACUGGCGCCAGGCGAUGAAGGCCUUCAACACCACGAGUCCUCUUCGCAGGAUCGACUCAGCCGCGCACCUGCUGCACGAGCUGCAAGCGCUGCAGAACGCAAUGAAAAUUGUCUUCGUGCUGCGCGAGAGUGACGACAUGUGGUUCCACCACCACCUCGAGGUCGCAGCCGCUCUAGCGCGGCGGGUGCAGAACACAACGGUGCUCUACAACACAACAACAUUAGCGAAAGGGUCGAGGGCGCGCAGCCGCGUCGAGCGUUCUUGGACGCCCAUCAUGCGGUGCGACGUGUUUUGGCUAGAUGCUGAGCAACUGCCGGCGGUGGCGGACGGACUGCAUGUGUCGCAGGUGCCAUCGGUUCUCAUCUUGAUGCCUCUGCAGUCGCGCUUCGGUGAAGGUGGCGCUGGCGACAAGGCUGCUGCCGCUGCCGCCGCCGAUGACGACCGGGCGGCCGCUGGCGCGUCUGAGGAGACCGGCCUGCGCCACCGUGACCCGUUCAUCGGCAUACACACAAUCAACCGAUACGACCUUCUCAAAGCUGCCUACAUGGACGAUGCGCAGAUGGCCCACGAGCCGGUGUCUGGCAAGGAGGCGCUGCCUCUCUUCCCCAGCGACAGCGACGCCCUCCUGCGUUUCUUGGCCAGUGGCAGCUUCAUUGGUGCGAUGCAGUACACCAUGAGCUCGACCCAACUCAGCACGCUCCGGGCGAAGGCGACGGAGUUGCCGGAUACCGUCCAGGCCGCCACGGCCAGCGGUGGCAUCCCCAACAGGCACUACCUCCAGCUAGACCGCCGCUACUACCCGUUGCUGACGGCGGAGGAGCCGAUGGAGGGGCCGGCGUACGUGCGCCAGAUCCUGAACGGGUCUUCGCCGCUCCCGGUGCUUGACAGUGACGACUCCGACACAGAGGUAUGGCGGCAGCAGGUCGGUGGGCGGAGUGGCACGCACCCCCGCGGCACAACCUCCUCGUCACCAGAGGAGGCGGACGAAAGGCUGCGCCAGCGACGCGCCCGUGAAGAAGCCGCGGCGCUGAAAAGGAAGGCGACGUGGGCGGCGAACUUGGCCAAGCGCCGACGGGAGAAGGCGGAUCGAAUGCGCCGCAAAGCUGCCGAGGACGCCGCAGAGCGGGAGCGGCAGCAAGAGGCUUUUCAGCAGCAGGUGAACGCUGCGCUGAAGGCGGAAGAGGAGGGGGCUGGCGAUGGUGCUGGUGACACGUCGGCAUCGCAGCCGGAGGGCCUUCUGGUGCGCCGCCCCACGUUGGAAGAUGUCUCUAAAGGCCUCGCAGGAGAGAGGUCCCCUAAGGGGAGGCCGCCGCGCCCCUCUGGUGAGGAAGUGGACUCACAGGAUGCCGCGCAGCUCUUGCGUCGGCGGCGUCGACAUCGGGAGUAUCGCGAGUGGCUGGCCGACCGUCAGCGCAUGGUGAACCGCAGCGUCACAGUGACGGAGAAGGGCAAGCUCUCCUUGAUGACCCGAUGGGAGUGA